UUUUUGCAUAGAGAGCUUGCUACACCGAUACUGGACGAACUUUACAACGUACUUCACCUGUUUGCCAGAAAGCUUAGCAGCAAUGUUGAUGCCCUCCAUGCGCAAAUUUUCAAGGGCAGAAGUAUUGUAGCAGUUGAGGAUCCCAGGUUUCAUCUCGUGCGGCAGGAAAGGAGCGUCUUCAUAAAGCCGAUGCCCGUUUGUUUGCUUAAUUACGACUUCUGGAUGCACUGCCUGGCUUCAAAUUCCUAUCGGGCAAUGGCUAUGGGAUUUAUGAGAUCGUAUUCUCAUCUCAUUCAACAUCAAUCAGACCUCCGAAUUGCGAAAGACCGUGGUCUCGUCCCAGAGGAUAUCACUUGGACCAGAUGGUCCAAGUUCAUCCGUGGUUUUCGUCUUAUUCAUGAUGAAGAAGUAGCAAGGCGAUAUCACUAUGGCCAGCUUCGGCUUACGCGCUUAAAUUGGGCCAUCUUCAUAUUUCGACCCAAAAGUGCAGGUAACAGUCUGCGCUUUUACUACCAGUCUCCAUGGUCGGCGUCAGUCUUCAUUCAGUAUGCCGCGGUGCCACUGGCAUUCAUAUUUGCCAGCGUGUCUCUCAUUCUAUCUUCGAUGCAAGUCAUGCUCACGGUACCCGAUGACUCGCUUCUCUCUGGAGGGAUUGCCUUAUCCUCGGUGUUGCUAGUCUUUAUUCCGCUUCUUAUCAUUGUAUAUCAGGUAUCUUGGGGAAUC